AAUCUUUACACAAUUAAUGAAUAAUGUGUAGAUUUAUGUAGUGGUAACACUCGUUCAAAUACAUGUAAACUUAUUAAACCACAUAUAUUAAAUUAACAGUAUAAGGAAAAUAAUUUUGCAAUUGAUCCAAGAUGGCCGCUUCAGCUGUAGUUACUAAUAUAUCGGUUGUUACUGUUUUUUGGGGUUUUGUUGGUAUUGUGUGUCCAUAUUUUGUUCGAAGAGGACCAAACAGAAGAGUAAUCCAGGUUAUGCUGAUGCUAACUGCUGCUAGCUGCUGGCUAUUUUGGCUCUGUACCUACGUGGCUCAAAUGAACCCGCUUAUCGGACCUAAGUUGAAAAAUAGAACUUUGAUAUGGAUAGCGCAUAAAUGGGGCAAUGUCAAGAAAUAAUGAAAUGCAAAUGAACAAAAAAUAAAGAUAAUAAAAUUAAGAAAUAUUUUGAAUAAGGAACACUGAGAACAACUAAAAUAGCUGAUCAACAAUUUUGUAAUUUCUUCAAUCCUAAUGUCAAGUGUUCAAAGCUAAUAUUGAACCCGAUAGAUGGCGUAUUUUCGAUAAUUAUUUUUUAUUAGUUAAUAAAGUGACAGUGACAGAAGGCCAUUAUAUGGCGGUAAAAAGUAUAAACUACGCCGAAACAGAGUAUUUCGUGAAAUUAUCGAUUAGCAAUGGUCAAUCGCGUAUUGUCUACAACGCAUUGCAGUUCUUAGUAUUUGAAGUGAAACUUCUAACGCGACUUCCAACAAGGUUGCGUUGGUAAAACGUAAUAAUAACAAUUUUGUGCGAUGUACACAGCGAGAGACCAUCGAAUAUGGUCCGCUAACGGACCGCGUCCGAUGGUUCGGCGGUACCAAAUCCGAUCAUAUGUUUAGGCUCUAAAAGUUCGAUAUCCCUUAAGCCGGAUCUAGAUAUAAUAACAAACGAAGAGUGAAAAAAGUGAGAUUCGAUGGCAUUGCUAUCGCUGUGUGUGGGUAGCCUUAAGGAAACUUACAUAUGUAUUAUUAUUUUCUUCCAUCACUCAACCAUGUCAUUGUCAACGUUAUAUAAGUCAUUAAAUAUAUAACAAUUGA